UUGCUGCGGCCACUUUGCCGUGUCGCCGCCGCCAGUGGCGAGAUGGAGGGGCCGGGCCUGGGCUCGCAGUUGAGCAUCAGUGCAGACAGAGCGCUCCAGGAGAAGCCCUCUAGUUCAAGUUCAAGGGACAAGAAGGAGGUCUGGCAACACAGGCUCCUGAAACUCUGUGGGAGGAGAACUUCCUCUUUGAACAGAGGAGUUGUGGCGCCAAGACAGCUGUUCUUAGAAGUGACACCCAAAGCAUGAUCCAUAAAAGAAAAAAAUUGCUAAAUUGGACUUCAUCAAAAUUGAAAAUUUGGGACUUUUAAGAAAUGGGAAGAUAAGGUAUAGGCUGGGAGAAAAUGUUUGCAAAUCUAGACACAAGAGGACUUGUGUCUGGAAUGUAUAAUGUUAAGAACUCUCAAAACUUAACAGUAAGAAAACAAACAGCCCAAUUAAAAAAUGGGUAAAAGACAAUUCACCAAAGAAGAUAUACAGAUGGCAAAUAAGCACAUGAGAAGAUACUCAACUUCAGCUAUUAAGGAUAUGCAAAUUAAGACCGUCAUGAGCUACCGCUACUUAUCUAUUAUACUGACCAUACCAGAUGCCAGUGAGCAUGGAGAGCAGUUGGAACUCUCCUACGUGGCUAGCGGCAAUGCAAAGUGGUACAGGCACUCUGGAAAAUAGUUGGGCGAUUUCUUAUAAAUUCAACAUAUACUCACCAGAUGGCCAAGCAGUCUCACUCUUAGAGAAGCAAAAACAUAUGUUCAUACAAAAGCUUUGUACAUGAAUGUUUAUAGCAGCUCUACUUAAAAUUGCUAAAAGCUGGAAACAACUUGCCUGGGUUGUUUGAAUGGAUAAGCUGUGAUAUAUUCAUAUUAUGGAAUACUAUGCAGCAGGGAAAUAACUAUGAAUAACCCAGAACCACUUGAAUGAGUCUCAGAAAGCUUAUGUUAAGUGAAAGAAACCAGUCUCAGAAGAUUAUAUGCUGUAUAAUUCCAUUAUAUGACACUCUGGGAAAGAGGAAACUAGUGAUGAAGCACAUAUCGGUGAUUGCCAGGAGCUGAGUGCAGGAAUCACGGCCAUGGCCCCCACCCUCCAGGGUUUGGUCGACAUGGAAUCUGUGCAUCUGAAAGCAAAGAACUUGCCAAAGCGAGAGAGGCUCUUCCUCUUAUAGAGGACUCUAGUAACUGUGACAUUGUAAAAGCUACUCAAUACGGGAUUUUUGAACGUUGUAAAGAGUUGGUAGAAGCAGGAUAUGAUGUCAGGCAACCCGACAAAGAAAAUGUGUCGCUUCUUCAUUGGGCUGCUAUUAACAACAGGCUGGAUCUUGUAAAGUUUUAUAUUUCAAAAGGUGCUGUAGUAGAUCAGUUGGGUGGAGAUUUAAAUUCGACUCCUCUUCACUGGGCCAUCAGACAAGGACAUUUGCCUAUGGUCAUAUUAUUACUACAGUAUGGAGCAGACCCCACUCUCAUUGAUGGGGAGGGCUUCAGCAGCAUCCACCUGGCAGUAUUAUUUCAGCACAUGCCCAUUAUAGCCUAUCUCAUCUCCAAAGGACAGAGUGUGAAUAUGACAGAUUUAAAUGGGCAGACACCUCUCAUGUUAUCAGCUAACAAAGUACUUGGGCCAGAACCAACUGGAUUUCUUUUAAAGUUUAAUCCUUCUCUCAAUGUGGUUGAUAAAAUACACCAAAACACUCCACUCCACUGGGCAGUUGCAGCAGGAAAUGUUAAUGCAGUCGAUAAACUUUUGGAAGCUGGUUCUAGCCUGGAUAUCCGAAAUGUUAAGGGUGACACACCUCUUGAUAUGGCUCUACAAAACAAAAAUCGCCUCAUUAUUCACAUGCUAAAAACAGAAGCCAAAAUGAGAGCCAACAAGAAGUUCAGACUUUGGAGGUGGCUGCAGAAAUGCGAGCUCUUCCUGCUGCUGAUGCUUUCUGUGAUUACCAUGUGGGCUGUUGGAUACAUACUGGACUUCAAUUCAGAUUCUUGGCUUUUAAAAGGAUGUCUUCUAUUAACAUUGUUUUUUCUGACAUCUUUGUUUCCAAGGUUCUUGGUCGGGUAUAAGAGCCUCGUAUACUUACCAGCAGUCUUCCUGCUAAGUUCCAUUUUUUGGAUAUUUGUGACUUGGUUCAUCUUAUUCUUUCCUCAUCUAGCAGGCACCCCUUUCUAUUUUGCUUUCCUUCUCAGCAUAAUAGGCUUCCUCUACUUUUUCUACAAGACUUGGGCAACAGAUCCAGGCUUCACCAAAGCUUCUGAAGAAGAAAGGAAAAUGAAUAUCAUCACCCUUGCAGAGACUGGCUGUCUGGACUUCAGAACAUUUUGUACAUCCUGUCUUAUAAGGAAGCCAUUAAGGUCACUUCAUUGCCACGUGUGUAACUCCUGUGUCGCUCGAUAUGAUCAGCAUUGUCUGUGGACUGGACGGUGCAUAGGUUUUGGCAACCAUCGCUAUUACAUAUUCUUCUUAUUUUUCCUUUCCAUCGUUUGUGAUUGGAUUAUAUAUGAAUCUAUUAUCUAUUGGUCAAAUCAUUGUGCCACAACAUUCAGAGAAGAUGGACUAUGGACCUACCUCAAUCAGAUUGUGGCCUGUUCCCCUUGGGUUUUAUAUAUCUUCAUGCUGGCAGCUUUCCAUUUCUCUUGGUCAACAUUUUUAUUAUUAAAUCAACUCUUUCAGAUUGCUUUUCUGGGCCUAACCUCCCACGAAAGAACCAGCCUGCUGAAGCAGAGCAGGCAUAUGAAACAGACAUUGUCCCUCAGGAGGACCCCAUACAACCUUGGGCUCACACAGAACCUCGCAGAUUUCUUUCAGUGUGGCUGCUUCGGCUUGGUGAAGCCCUGUGCCGUGGAUUGGACGUCACAAUACACCAUGGUCUUCCACCCAGCGAAGGAGAAGGUCCUUCGCUCCGUAUGAAGAAAAGCAACCCCAGACUCUCCCUCUGACCUGCUUGUGUUUAUGUUGAUGCCCUGUGGUCUGCAAGUGAAGUGAACAUUCAGAGUUCACCUAAGCCCAAAGGAAAAUGCAGGUGGUUUUUAAAGCUAUUUGGUAAAAACAAGUUCUCAAUAAAGGCAUUACAGUUUUA